GUCUCGCUGCUCUAGCUCUCGCAAAGAUGGGCUGGAGCGUGCACAUAUACGAAGCAAGACCUGAUUUACGGCUACCAUCAUCGAAGACUGCUGCCCAACAGCGAUCUAUCAACCUGGCCAUCUCCUCGCGGGGGAUUGCCGCCCUACAGGCAGUCGACCCCGCUGCAACGGAUAGGUUUUUGCAGACUGUCAUUCCCAUGCAUGGACGGAUGAUCCACGACAAAGAUGGCGGAUUACAUAGCCAGCUCUAUGAUAGGCACGGCCAGUGCAUCAAUUCCAUAGAUCGCGCCCUUUUGAACGAGGGCUUACUUGAAGAGGCUUCUGCCGUCCCGACCGUCCGUCUGUUCUUCAACCAUAAAGUUCAGUCUAUCGACUUCGACAGCAGAACGCUCGUCGUCCAUGAUGUGGAAGCGGAUACGAUUACCCGUAUCGGAUUUCAUUUCUGCAUUGGUGCAGAUGGAAGCUACUCUGUUAUCCGGCGACAACUCAUGAGAGUCGUUCGAAUGGACUUCCAGCAGGAAUAUAUUCCGCAUGAGUAUAUUGAACUCAAAAUGCCGGCAGGGAAGGAUAAGGACGGCAAACCUAGCUUUUUGCUUGAUCCGAAUCACCUCCACAUAUGGCCUCGCCAUUCUUUUAUGCUCAUCGCUCUACCAAACAAAGAUAAAUCUUUCACCUGCACUCUUUUUGCACCUACCACCGAGCUCGAUCGUUUGACCACGCGGGAACAUAUUUUGUCUUGGUUCAAGGCUCAUUUUUCGGAUGCUCUGAUAUUACUAGGAGAGGACAAAUUACUGCAAGACUUUGAGAAAAAUCCACGCAGCCCUUUAAUAUCAACAAAGGCAAGACCCUAUCAUUACAAAGACCGUGGCGUGAUAUUAGGCGAUGCAGCUCACUCCAUGGUCCCCUUCUACGGCCAAGGUCUCAACUGCGGUCUUGAGGACGUAAGGGUUUUGCAAGCAUUGCUUCGUGAGGAAGGUGUUACCCCAGACGGUGCCCUAGCUGAAACAGGCGACAACGGGUCUACUGACCAGAGGCUUCUUAAUGCUCUUACUCGCUAUUCAACUUCCAGACAUGAUGACCUUAUUGCCAUAUGUGACCUCGCAAUGGACAAUUACGUCGAGAUGCGUCAUUCUGUGACAACACCCGGUUACAUCUUUAGGAAAGCCCUUGACAACAUGUUGUUUGCACUGAGUUCCAGAAAGCAAUUCUCGCUAUCCUUGCUCGGACCGCUCUUGUCGAGGGUUCCCUUUCCUACUACUCAUCCCAGCGGCUGGCUUCCCUUAUACACUAUGAUCACAUUUCGUCCGGAUAUCAGCUAUUCCACGGCUAAGAGGAAGGCAACGAGGCAAUCGCACAUUCUUUCAAGAGUUGGUCAGAUCGGAGCCGCCGCAUUUGGCGCCACGAGCUUCUAUCUUCUGUUGGGAGCGUUGCGUCGGAUACAGAGUCAAAGAUGACAUCUACGAAUUAUCAAACUUUGUUCACUUGAUGAAGUUCCCAGUGUGUGUAUUGUUAUCUUCCUGCGGAAAAACAACGGUAUCGGUGUAGAACUAUCACGAGAAGUGUAGUCUAGAAUUUACCUACAGUAGCUGUUAAGGGGUUCUUAGCGGUAAUUAAUCCGGGUACUGAAGUACUGUGGCAAUGUUUUUCAAAA